AUGGAAUCUGUUUCUAACGAGCAAGCAAUUUGCAACACCAAGAGUAAGCGCUUCACACCAGAGGAAGAUGCCAUUAUCAAAGAGCUUGUAGAAGUUCAGAAGCUUUCGCCUUGGUCUCAAGUUGCAAAACAUUUGCCUGGAAGGACUGGAGCUCAAUGCAGAGAUAGAUACAAUACAUAUUUAUAUUGUGAAAUAUCAUCGAAGAACUGGACUCAUGAGGAGGAUGAAAUUAUUAUUGAAAAAUAUAGAGAAUACGGCCCUAGAUGGGUGAUGAUAGCCCAACAUUUACCUGGAAGAAAUGGUAAAAGUGUUAAAAAUCGAUGGAUAAAAGCUUUGAAGAGAUAUCAUGGAAUAUCUCAUAAAGAUAUAAAAUAUGAGAGAAGAUUCAAAAAAUCAAAAUGGGAAAGGCAGGAAGAUGAUGAUAAAAGUUUAACUUCUUCUGAAGUUGAUUCUAAGAUCCAAAAUAAUAUUGAUUCUAUUCUGUCAAUGUUAAAUUUUGAGGAUCGAUAUGAUGAUAUCUUUGAUCAAUUUGUAGAACCCAUUGCAUUUUUAUAA